AUGGCAUGUUCAAAAUUUAUAUUAGGGAAUUUACCUGAAUUAACAAGUAAUAUUAUACAAUACCUUUGGGAUGACAUUCCAACAUUACUUUCAUUGUUCAUUGAAAAUGGAGUUAAAUUACAUACAUUUGAAAUUGAAAUAGCAUAUACCUUUCAUAAUGUAAAUAAUGAAUAUUUUAAUUCUGUUUUUGAAUUAAUCUUACAAAAUCCAAAAUUCAUUAGUAAUAUUAAAAAUUUAAAACUUCAUUUUAAUGAAAAAAUUUUAAAUUAUAAUUUUUUAAAAUGUUUUUAUUCUAAAUGUAAUUUAAUUUCAUCACUUCAUUUUAAAUUUUCAGAAUAUGAAAGUUUUAAUAAUGAUUGUAUGGCGAUUGAAAACCAAUUAUUACAGAUUAUUAAUUCACAAAAAAAUCUUAAAAAAUUUUUUUUAGCAUAUAAUAAUCCAAUAUAUAGUAAGUCAUCAUCAUCAUAUGAUAGUUUUCCAUUAUAUAAUAUCAUUAAUCAUAAUAAUUCAAAUAAUUUAAAAAUAAUUAUAUUUCAUGGAAUUAAUUUUAAAAAUAUAUCAUAUAUAAAAAAAGCAUUUGAACAAUUAAAUGUUUUAGAAUCUAUUCAUAUACUUUAUUGUCAUAUUUUAAAUUCUAAUUUUAUUCAACAAAUAAUUGAUAUUAAUAAACCAUUUAAAUUAAGAUCUUUGUUUAUGAUACAAAAUAUUAGAUUUAAAUUAUUUAUUAAUGAUGAAUUAAAACACAAAUUAUUAGUAUUGAUUAAUAAUUAUUGUGAAAAAAUUAAAUUUUUUGAUUUAAAUAUAUUUAAUAUUCAGAGUUCUUGUUUAGUAUUAAGCUUAAUUAAAAAUUUUGUACAAAACCUUAAUUAUCUUUCUAUAGAUGUUCAUAAUUACAAUACUUUAUUUAUGCAUGAUGAAGAAAAUGAACUUAGUACAAAAUUAUUAUUAAAUUUAGCACAUAUUCUUCCUUGUAGAUUAGAAUAUUUAAAUUUAGAACUUGUUAUUAAUAAUACAAUUAAUGAUUUGAAAGUAUUUUUAAGAAAUUCAAAACAUAUUUUUAUUAAGAUAUUAUUAUUCAGAAUUAAUAUAUUGAUUAAUGACAUUUUACCAUGUAUAAAGGAAUAUAUUAUGAAAGAGAAAAGGGCUGAAUAUUUAGCUAUUGAAGGAUAUUAUAAUAAUAAUUAUUUAUAUAAUUAUAAAAAAGAUUUGUUUACUAUGACAGAUGAAUUGAAGGAAUUUGAAUCAUAUAAUAUUAAAGUUAAAAAAUAUAAUUGUUUAUAUAUUAGAGCCUAUGAACUUAUAGAUGAAAUAACUAAUAUGAAAAAAAAAUCUGCAACAAAAAGUAAAGAUGAACUGUCCAAUAAAGAAGAAAUCGUUGAAUUGAAUCAUGGACAAACUUCUACCUUCCAAAAAACAAAAAGUAAAGAUGAACUGUCUGAUGAAGUAAAAAUUGUUGAAGUGGAUCAUGGACAAAUUUCAACUACUUCUACUACCGGCCAAAAAAAAUGUGAAAAUCAAAAUAACUUGGCAACCAGUAAUUGUAUGAAGACGUGCAAUAGCUCAUUAGAAUCAUCCUAUCAAGACACAUUGAAUGGUGUUCUUACCUGUUCAGAUUAUGAUUCAAAAUGUUCUUCAAAAGGUAGUUCAAAAGGAGUUUCACAAGAAGGUUCAGGAAAUAACUCUAAAGAAGGCUCAGAAAGUAACUAUAAAGAAGGGUUAAUAGAUGGUUUACAAGCAAAAUUAUCAUUAAAUGGUGAUAAUAAAAAGUCCAAAGUUUCAGAAUAUGGCAAAAAAAGUGCAUUUGUCUUAUAUAUGUCUUUAUUACAUAUCGGUGGAUUUGUUUCAUCACCUAAAUAUGCUGAAUUUUUGCAUUAUGCAAGCACAGCAAAGUUAAGGAUGACACUAGGAAAUCAAAGAAAAAGAGAAUCAUUAAAAAAUGUUUCAUUAAAAUAG